CAGACGCCGGCCGCGGAGGAGAGCGGGCCGAAGGAUUCUUUGCGCGCGGCGGGGAUGGAACGUUGAUAGAGUUCGCGGUUCUCGCCGCUGGGGGCCAGAGCCGCAUGCAGUGCGCCGCCGCGCGCCAAAGCGGGAAUCCGGGAGACGCGCACCUACCUCUGCGAUUAAUGCACGCAUUUAAAACUCCCGAGUCUGCGGACGCCAUGCACAGGAAACACCUCCAGGAGAUUCCUGACCAAAGUAGCAACGUUACCACCAGCUUCACGUGGGGAUGGGAUUCCAGCAAGACUUCUGAACUGCUUUCAGGCAUGGGGGUCUCCGCCCUGGAGAAAGAGGAGGUGGACAGUGAGAAUAUCCCCCAGGAACUGCUUUCAAACCUGGGCCACCCACAGAGCCCCCCACGCAAACGGCUGAAGAGCAAAGAGAACGACAAGGACUUUGUGAUCGUUCGCAGACCGAAGCUAAAUCGAGAGACCUUUCCAGGUGUUUCAUGGGACUCCCUUCCAGACGAGCUGCUGUUAGGAAUCUUUUCCUGUCUGUGCCUCCCUGAACUCAUGAAAGUCUCCAGUGUUUGUAAGAGAUGGUAUCGUCUAGCGUUUGAUGAGUCUCUCUGGCAGACCUUGGACCUCACGGGCAGAACCCUCCACCCAGACGUGGUUGGUCGGCUGCUGUCCCGGGGGGUGGUCGCCUUCCGCUGCCCACGAUCGUUUAUGGACCAACCGUUAGUUGAACAUUUCAGCCCUUUUCGUGUGCAGCACGUGGACCUGUCGAACUCAGUGAUCGAUGUGUCUACCCUCCACAGCCUUCUGUCUCACUGCUCCAAAUUGCAGAAUCUCAGCUUGGAAGGCCUACGGCUUUCGGAUCCCAUCAUCGAUAAUCUUGCUCAGAACACAAAUUUAGUGCGAUUAAACCUUUCUGGGUGUUCUGGAUUCUCGGAAUCUGCCCUGAAGACUUUGCUGAGCAGCUGUUCCAGAUUGGAUGAGCUGAACCUCUCCUGGUGCUAUGACUUCACUGAAAAGCACGUGCAGGUGGCUGUCGCACACGUGUCAGAGGCUAUCACCCAGCUGAACCUCAGUGGGUACCGAAAGAAUCUGCAGAGAUCAGAUGUUUCUACCUUAGUUGGAAGAUGUCCCAAUCUUGUCCACCUAGACUUAAGCGAUAGUGUCAUGCUGAAAAAUGACUGCUUCCCAGAAUUUUACCAACUCAACUACCUCCAACACCUAUCACUCAGUCGGUGCUAUGACAUAAUACCUGAAACUUUACUUGCACGAAGCUAAAGAAUGACCAGAUCCAGGCUGAGCUAUAAUCUAAGAAGUCAAAGCUGGACUCCUGGACCCAAUCGAUGAAUGUAGCAGAAACUGAGCCAACCAAUGUAACAAGGCCAGGCUACCUCUCGUGUAUUAAAGGCCUUAGAUACACCGACAUGAGAUAGCAAGUAAAUUACAUUACUUCAAGUAUUUCACAAAAGUUGAUAAGCAACAUCCCAAGUUACUCACCAGGCCUUUGAUCCUGUUCCAGUACACAAAUUGAGCCCUGAACUCUUCUGUUUUUCCCACGGACCAUCAUCAACUGAAAUCUCGUAGUAGGAAGCCCUAUGAAUUGAGAAUAUAAAACUGGAUUUGUUGAACUUAUGUCUCACGGUAAAUAAGAUAAACACAGCCUUUUUCAGAGCUGAUGAAAUCUAAGUAGGCCAGCUUGACUCAGACAUACCUGACUUAGCAGGCACACACAUCAUGAUGCUAAUUCCAAUACUAAUUCAGGGAUGUCUGCAUCCCUCUCUGAUCUAAAUGCACCACCUUCCUACCAAUACUUUAACAUUUCAAACAGGAGCUUCUUGUAAAUUUUUACCUAGCAUUGCUGCUACUGAUUUUAUGGAAACAUACAGAACCUUAUUUCAGAAUUCAAAAAGAAAAUACCAUUCCUAGGGGACUUUCAUUCUUGGUAGCUGGUCUUUGAUAUAGCUAAGUCUGCAUCUAAUCCUUCAAGUUACCAACAGUUUCUGCUAAACUUUUGUUUCUUAAGUUAUAUACUAAUGUGCCUUUUGAAUUGAUAGUAAGCUAGCAGAGAUAAUGAAGUUCUAAAGAAAAGUUUCAACCAGUCCUGGAUUAGUGGACAAAACUAGGGAGAAAACAAGAACUGUAAUUUUUAAAAAAUUUAUAUUUCUUAGAAUAUUUAAUAAAUAUGGAAUCAACUGAGUCUCCUGACACCAGCAAAAAUGACACUAUUCUUUAAUUGCAUGAAUGUAUAAAUGAUGUGUAACUAUUCAAAGAGCUUUUGAAACAUGUAAAAGCUUAUUUUGUGAACUACGUCUUAAAAUAAUGGUGUCACUGGUCAACACUGGGUUACUUUUCUCCAGCAAAUAAAAAAGUUAAAAUAAACCCUUAAAAAAAAAAUUAAAAAAAAAUAUAAAAAAAAAUUAAAACAAUAAAUAAAUAAAUAAACCCUUAACAAAAUACAGCGUUUCAAAAUAUGACAAUUAUUAGACAUGCCUGCAAAUGCUAACACUCAAUGGAUAAUUUAUCUCUUAUUCUAACAGUUUCAUUUUCUCCUGCCAAGCUACUGGUUUGUGAACAUUUUACAUGAUACAACUCCAUGUCAUGUUUUCUCUCAAGUCAGCAUUCUCUACAAAAAUAAAUGAUAGCAAGCCUAACAUUCACAUUUAAUCUAUUUCAUAGCUUUGUUAUGUCUUCCUAGAAAAUCAGGAAUUUUAGGUACAUUAGGAGCCUAUUAUAUACAGACAAGCCAGCCGAAUCCAUAGGAAUGGCUGCUAUUAUGCCAGAAUCACAUAGAACCCAGAGGUUAGAGGUAAGUGGGGGUAGAAGAGAAAGAAGAAGUAAAGGCAAGAGAUGUUGAGCUCAAAAACAAUGAACAAAUUUAGUGUCAUUCUCACAUGCAGGUUUAUCAAGAUUAGUCAACCCACAGAAUUCUGGUUUCAGGGAAAUUAUUUUUUUAAGGCAGCAAUAAAACUCACAGUCCCUUUAGAGUGGGUAUAUUUCUUCUUAAAUUGUCCACUGCUACAGCCCAAGAAUAAGACAUUCUAGGUUAGAACAAAUAGGAGAAAAGAAAAAAAAAUUGGGCUUUUAAAAUGUUCUUAAGUCUAAGAACAUUAUAAAUGAGGCAGGAAUAAUAUUGCUGCACUUCAUAUUUUCCAAGCAAAGCACUUCAGUUUUCAGGAAGACUACGAUUCUAUUGCACACACUGAAGAAUGGCACAGGCUUACCCUGUGACCCUGGCUUUGUUAUUUAUUAAUUGUGUGAUUUGGGGCAAUUCGGUUCACUUCUCUGAACCACAGACCUCCUUAUAAAAUGGAGAUAAUGAUAACAUUUGGCAGGACUCAUCAAUAUUUAUUCAUUCCAUAAAUAUUUAUUAAGUGUCUAAUACUUUUUAACAAGCACUUUGCUAGGUAGUGGGGAUUUAACGGCAAACAUAACAGACACGGUCUUCUUAAAGUUUAUAUUCUAGUAGGUAAGUCAGAAAUUUUAAGUAAAUAAUAAUUACCAACUAUUUAGAGUGCUGUUUACUGCUUUAAACAAUAAACAAGAUACUAUAUAAGAAAUAAUACAAGAUGACCCUGGGAUACCUCUGCCAGAAGGAAGGUGUGUACAGGCAGGGGCAGUUCAAAAAACAGGCAAUACUUUACAAGUUUUCAUGAAAACUCAAUACAGGAUCUGGGAUCAGAAAUGCUGUGUUGACGUGACGGUUCUGAUACUAAUUAACUAAAUAUAUGACCUUGGGCUAGUUAUCUGAAUUGUCCAAAUCUCAAUUUUUUCACUGAUAAAAGCAACUGCUCUUCCCACAGAGUUGCUACGAGCACGUGUGACAUCUUGUUCACGUAUUCAUUUCCUUUCUGCCAAAGAAUCUUUAGAAAUAAGUUCUAAUAUUUCCAGGAGUUAAACCUUUUUCAAUAGCAUCAGAAGCCAACCCACUGCUGUCCUUAUCUUAGUAAAGACAUCAGGUGAGGCACCAAAGAUCACAAAAAGAACCAGCAUCAGACAUCAGGGGUAAACCAACCAAACCAUGACUACCACGAAAAAUAAAAGCAUUCAAUCUAAAACCUCCUAAUGGGACUUCACUGAAUUUCCAAAAAUCUAUCAACUGAUCCCAAUUUUCCUCCUUUUGUAAGUUAUUUUUUAGUAAGAACAAAUCAUAAAUCAACACUAGUAGAAGCUAUCAGUAGUUAUGAACUUUAAAAUAUACAAACAGAGUAACAUAAGCCAUUAAUGGCUUUGCUAGAAUAAGCAUAAACUCACAAAACAUCUUUACCUUUCUCAUCUAUUUAUUUUAAUGUAGACUUUCUCCAAUCUCAUUUUAAAGUUGCUGUUCUCUUCUGCCUGUCUUUAGCAAUAAUGACUACAUUAUAUCACUAAUUAGUUACAUUCUCUUCCUUCUCUCAUGA